AUGGCCCAACUAUUAACAUCUCGGCAAGCCGAGGAGCUACACCGAGCCCUCAUCGCCUACCUGUCCUCCAACAACCUCACAAGCACCGCCGCAGCGUUACGAGCCGAGAUCGGACUGGGAGAGGAUGUAUUCGAUGCCACUACGGCAAAGAAGUAUGAAGGCCUUUUGGAAAAGAAGUGGACGAGCGUGGUCCGGCUACAAAAGAAGGUGCGCCAUACAUCUCAGCUCUCCAACGCGACACCCACGUCCAGGCAGAACAAGGAUCCGGUGAAUUGGUUACCGAAGUCUCCCGCGCGACACACGCUCCAAUCACACCGCCAACCCAUUACCUGCGUUGCGUUCCAUCCCGUGUUUUCAUCGCUGGCUUCAGGUUCCGAAGACCAAACAAUCAAGAUAUGGGAUUGGGAGCUAGGGGAGUUGGAACGAACAAUCAAAGGCCACACCAAGACGGUCUUGGAUGUCGACUUUGGGGGGCCGCGCGGCAACACAUUACUUGCGUCAUGCAGUUCGGACCUUACGAUCAAGCUGUGGGAUCCGUCGGACGACUACAAGAAUAUUCGAACGCUGCCUGGUCAUGAUCACAGCGUCAGUGCGGUUCGAUUCAUUCCAUCUGGCGUCGCGGGCGGCGCUGGCAACUUGUUGGUGAGCGCGAGUCGGGAUAAGACACUCAGGAUAUGGGAUGUGAGUACGGGGUACUGCGUAAAGACGCUACGAGGGCACGCGGAGUGGGUGCGCGAUGUCUGCCCCUCUGUUGACGGCAGGUUUAUCCUCUCAACAAGCGACGACUACACGAGCCGGCUGUGGGAUGUGUCGAUAGCAAACCCGGAACCGAAAACAACGCUCAUCGGCCAUGAACACGUUGUUCUUUGCUGCGCGAUCGCACCGUCCGCCUCCUACCCUCACCUCGCGGCCAUUGCGGGGGUCAAGAAGCCACCAACCACGAGCGCCGUCGAGUUCAUGGCAACCGGCUCGAGAGACAAGACUAUCCGGCUGUGGGACGCUCGGGGCACCUGCAUCAAGAUUUUGGUUGGACACGAUAACUGGGUGCGUGGUCUCGUCUUCCAUCCAGGCGGAAAGUACCUCCUCUCGGCGUCCGACGACUACACGUUGAGGUGCUGGGACCUCACGCAAGAAGGGAGAUGCGUCAAGACGAUAUCCGAUGCACACGCCCACUUCGUGCAAUGCAUCCGGUGGGCUCCCUCGGUUGUCAAGGACGUGUCUGUGGCCAACGGCGGUGAUGGUCAAGGCGGGGAGGCGAAUGGGACACCGAGACAGGCGGCUGGGGCCGGCGCUGCUGAGGCACAAAUCCGCUGCGUUCUAGCAACCGGCAGCGUUGAUCUCAACGUGAGGAUUUUCGCCAACUAG